AUGAAGCUGGUCGGCGCACCUUGGCGCGAAGGAAGAAAAAGAAUCGCAGCGCGGCACCUAGGCGUGCUGCUGGUCCCUCAUCCAUUAGUUCAUCAGUCGGUCUGCUCCUCCGGGGGACGCUAUCUCUGUGCGUCCAUCCCUCCAAUCCGCCCAGGAGCGCCCGUCAGGGCUCGCUUCAAGACAGCCCAACGGAUCUCCCGCCCCAAACUAUCCGACAUCCUGGACCCGCAGAAAUUCACCCGGAGAAAGGGCCCGGUGGCCAGGGGAAGCCUCUGCGCCUCCCAGGAACAAGAGAAAAGUUUGGGGCAGACGGAGUCUGCCGAGACAGAGCCCAGCAGCCGGAGGGAGGCCGAGAUCUCCGGUAAGGAUGUCGUGCGCUCCGAUAGCGGACCAGCGUGCGUCCUGGACUGCUCAGUGGAGGAGGAAGAGGAGGAGGAAGACUACGAGGAGGAAGACGAGGACGACGAGGAGGAUGUGGAGGAUGAAGAUGGGGAGAAGGCAGAGGCUGAGGAAGAUGAGGAAGUGCUGGGGCUUCGAGGGCAGGGACUCGGACGGCAGCGGCGGCGGAUGCAUCGAAGGCGUCGGGGACCCUCUGGGCCGGAGACGCCAGAGGGCCGAGGAGGGGAGGACAGCACCAGCGGAGGGGUCCCGGCGCCAGCCCCGGGCGCUGAGGGCUCCCAGUCACCGCGGCCCGUUAAGCGCCGACGGCCACCCGAGGGCAGCGGCUGCGCUAAGCCCCGCCGGGCACGCACCGCCUUCACCUACGAACAGCUGGUGGCCCUGGAGAACAAGUUCAGGGCCACGCGCUACCUGUCGGUCUGCGAGCGACUCAAUCUGGCGCUGGCGCUCAGCCUCACCGAGACGCAGGUGAAGAUUUGGUUCCAGAACCGCCGCACCAAGUGGAAGAAGCAGAACCCCGGCGCCGACGGGCCGGCCGCGCUGCCCGCCCCACCGGGAGCCGCGGGAGCCCCGGGAGUCCCGGGAGCCUCUGUCCAAGCGCCCGGCCGCAGCCCCAGCCCACCGGGCCCCAGCGCCCUCCACUUCCAGACGUUCCCUCCCUAUUCCUCGGCCAACGUCCUCUUCCCGGCCGCCGCAUCCUUUCCCCUAACAGCGGCCGCGGCCGGGGGCCCCUUUGCCCCCUUCCUUGGCUCCACCUACUUGAGCCCUUUCUAUGCCCCACACCUCUAA